AACAGAAUCGUGAAUCAUUAAAAACGUAAUUUACUUGUUGCCCUCAACGGCCAGCGGAAUGUCGAAACCGGGAGAAAAGGGCUUGCAGGCCAUUAAACAACAGGAGCGAACGGUGGCAGUGUUUAAGAAACCCGUAGUGCCGAGGACCAAAACCAAAGACAAGAUCAUUCUCACCGAAGAGGAGUACCUUCAGGAAAUGGGAAAAAUUAUCCAGCGCGACUUCUUUCCGGACCUGAAAAAGCUGAAAGCACAGAACGAGUAUCUGGACGCGCUGGCAGACAACGAUGUGGGGAAGCUGCGACAGAUCUUUUCUAAAUACAACUCCAAACUACCGUCGUCCAGGCUCGCCAGCCCGGCAACGUUCGAAACUCCUCUCCCCGGUGGCACACCAGCCACGGAACAACCGCCAUCGGUGCGGUCCACAUCGAGCGCCGGUUCGAACAAAUCUACCAAAUCGGUGGGCGACCGACACUCGCUGGAUAGCUUUCUGCAGAACUACACGAGCGAAGAUAACGACAGCUUUCAGGAGAUCAUCGAAACGGCCGACCGGAAGCUACGGCAAAAGUUUGCCGUACUGUACAAAGCAGAGGAAACGUCGGCCAUACAGAUGAGCCAGUGUCUGGCGCUGCCGAGCAUCGAGCAACAGUUUGAUGUGCGCGAGAAACCGAAGCAGCUGGACAUGUGGAAUUACACGAACAAAAACUACAUCAUGUACACUCCGGACGGGGUCGAGCUGAGCAAGGAGGAGCAGCUGGAGAUGGCCAAGCAGAGGCAAGAGAUUAACCAUUCCAGCACGCGGCUGCACGUCAAUCCGUUCAACGAGCAGGACAGCAAGCAGGCCAUCGUCGAUGCGGCCAAAACGCAGGCCAAACAUUUGCCGGAAAAAAUCGGCAUCGACGGGAAGGUGGUGGACACCUCGACCGCUACGCCGCGGAUACGUGGGUUCGUGUUCGUCAAAAGUCCCUCCCCGUGCCCGGGAGUGACCGAUAGUCCGCUGUUUACGUGGGGUGAAAUCGAAGGCACACCGUUCCGUCUGGAUGCCGGCGACACACCGCUUCACCCGGCGGCCGUGGGACCGUCGUUCCGUAUCGUGGAAACGUCCAAACGCGAGAAUCUCGCCCUACAGUUGGCCGAGAAGGCGGCGGAAAAGUCGCGCGAAAAGAAAGCCAAAGCCAUCGAGGCCGCCCGACGAAACAUUGGCUCACCGGCGGUGCGCAGUUCCUUCGAACGGCUAGCCAGCAUGUCGCCGGCGGCCCGGCGGCUGGCCACUAAUAAGAUUGGCUUGAUGUGCACUCCGAGCCCGUUCACCUCUCCUGCGCGCUCCACGGGCCUGAAGACACCGUUGCCGGGGCCCGCGGGCGGUCGCAAGUCGCGAAGCAUCACGCCUUCACCGCGAGCAAUCGUGCGAAGAAAAACACCAGCCGUGGUCAAGGGUGGACCGAAUCUUACAGACGAUUUGCUGGACAUUCCGGCCACUAGCAAGCGCACGAAGGCGGCCGAUUUCUUUUGAAAACUUUUCGGUAGUUGUAAU